AUGCCAGGUGUACUCUUUGUCGUGUGCGUUCCCACAGCGGAAUAUGAGAAAUCUCUCAUAUAUGGGACAUCUCCAGUCGUCGUCCCCUCUACUGACAUGUUCCCUAGCCAUGGUUUACAGAAAGGUCCUUCAGGGGAGAAUCUCAUAAAACUGGAUCCUCCUGACUCGAAGGAGGGAUUUGUAAGACAUGGGUUCGGGAAAUUUAGACCGUUAUUUCACUCCAAAGAACAUUCAAACAGUGAGAAGCACAUGAGUGCAACAGCACGGAUACACGAGGAUAGCAAAAUGGCUAAGAAUGCUAUGAAUUUUAGCAAUGAAAUAGUGCCGAUGGAGAGGAUAUUAGAAGAACUGCUAAAGAAGUUGGAAGUUGAACAUAUCGUUUGGUGCAAUGAUAAAAAUGGCUAUUAUUAUCAGGUGUUUUUCCCUGUUGGAGCAGGAGAUCCAUGUGAAAACUGUCUGCACUGCCUCACAGAAAUGGGGAUUGGUAUAAAAUACAAUUCAGUAGUAAGUGUUGUACCCUGCUCUGUGUUUUAUGAGGGCGUUGAAGACGGUGAGGAAAUAGAAGAGGACUCUCCAGAUAAGAAAAAUUGGAAUAAUUUCGUGCAGUCAGUCCGGUCAAAACUGACCGUGAAGUCUGUAGUUGACGGCGUCAGGAGUGGAGCAGAGUGUUCAUUUGACUACCUGUUGCUUGUUCUAACAGCUGACAUGAUUGCAGCUGUGGGAUUGGUGGAAAGUAGUGCAGUGAAUAUAGUUGCUGCUAUGUUGGUUUCACCUCUCAUGAGUCCAAUUAUGGCUGCUACAUUUGGAACUGCAAUUGCAGAUAGGAAAUUAAUAAAAAUUGGUUUCCGAAGUGAAAUUAUAGGCCUCACGAUGUCACUUAUAUUUGGAUUUAUAUUUGGCCUGUUAGUUGGAACAACAGAUGAUCCUUGGGGUACAGGAGAUUGGCCUACUGAAGAAAUGAGGGGCAGAGGUAUGGCACGAUCGCUUUGGAUUGGUGUUUUGUGGGCUCUUCCAUCUGGAACUGGAGUUGCGUUAGCCUUGCUGCAAGGAAGUGCAGGACCUCUGAUUGGUGUUGCCAUAUCUGCUUCUCUGUUGCCACCUGUUGUCAAUUGUGGUAUGAUGUGGGGUUUAGCGUGCAUAGUGAAAAUCUAUGAUGAUUACAAAAUCCCUUAUAUGAAAGGAGAAAAUUAUACUGGUCCAACUUCAGCAAAGCUUACUUAUACAACAAUGGACAGAUAUCCUUCAGAGUUGGCGAUUAUGGGCAGCAUCAGCUUCUGUCUCACAUUAGUCAAUAUCGGCUGCAUUUUUUCGACAGCCAUAGUUGUACUGAAGAUCAAGGAAGUGGCGGCGCCAUACACUUCAAGUCCUGACCUGAGGCGUUUCUGGGAACAUGACAUCCGUGUCGCUCGAGAUGCCAACAGAGCUACCUUGAGACAUUCCCAUGACAAAGGCAGCACCAAUGACAUGAAACAAGCUAUUAAUGAUCUAAGCUCGGUCCCACCAGAUGAGCUGGAAUACACUCUGGAAGCUGCCGUGAGGGAAGCUAUUGAUGACGACACGUUUCGCAAGGUGAACCGAUGCAGUUAUUCUGCGAAUACAGCAGAUAUGAGGAGUGUAUUAGGACUUGGAAGUAAUCACAGUAACAGAGAGAGCAGUGUCAAUACUGGCGCAUCACCUCUACGUGACCGUGACACACUGGAUCAGGUUAUCCGCUCACUUUUGGAUUAUCAACCUCAGCAAACCACACAGCCACAACAAUCAACCCUAAACCGAUUCCAUCAGCUGUCUCGAUCUCUGCGUCAAAGUUCAAGACGUUCCAGUGGGCGGCGACGUAGCAGCCGCAAUUCCUUCCGACAGACACUGCACAGUCUUCAUGAAAGCCAAGGAGAAUCAAUGUCAGACAGCACUGGCCUGCCUACAAUCAUGGAAAGCAACAAUACUUUGCAGAAGAACUCAGCUAGCAAAAGACCUCAGUCUCUCUCAGAGAGGGCGCUUAAUGUGCCUGUUGUACGGAACAUUAUGCAGACCUUUUCCCAUCCACAGAAUAGGUUCAUGUCUCCUGGGCCAACUUCAGACCGCCGAAGUGAAGAUAAAUUUGAGAGAAUUAGUCUAACAAUGAACCCUGAAUAAUAUGCACAUGGAGAACCUGAAUUUUAUCUUAAAAUUUGGACACGUCUGAAUACCAUACAUGUUAAAUGAGAUUCUCCUGAAUAGAUUAAUAUGAUUAAGAAACAAAUUAUGAAUUAAAUAUAAGUAAACUUCAAGACAGGGUAGUUAAUCUUCUGAUUCCUCUUCUACUUUUCCAUGUUUAUGUGCGUCAUAUGAGAACUAAGCCUCUGCACCAAUCUCUGUUGUCCCAGAGCUGCGACUCAGUUUCUCAUCGUGUUCUUUCUUAAUCCUUAACCUGUUCUUGUCUUGAUUUUGGCCUUCCUUUUGGGUAUUUUAAAAUUAUUUUUGUUUUUAAAAUCCUCUUUCGGGUUCUUUCUUCAUUUGUUCUUAAAAUGUGCCCAUACCAUCUUAUUAAAAUAUCUUUCAAUGUGUAUCCUUAAACUGUCUACAAUUCUUUUUCUUUAUCCUUUCUCAUCUAGUUUUUCCUUCUGUUCUUCUCAGAAAUCCCACAUCAACUGCUCCUACUCUGCUGAUACCUGUCUUUGUCCUUUCUUAGUCUGUCAGUUGUCAGUCUAUAUCAGAUUUAAAAGAGAUAAAAGAAAUAUAAAGUACCGAAGGGGUGAGCAAAUUAUGGCUUGCUUACCAGAUUUAACCCCUGAGAGUUUUCUGUCCCUCAUGCAAACCUACUGUGAAAAUUUGCCUUAAAUAUUAUUUUUGAUUUAUAUCAACAUUGUUUAAUAUUGAAAUUAAGAAGCUUCUCAGCAGCUACAAGCAGUAUCAUUUGUCUGAUAAAUAUGACGAGUAAUGACAUUCGUUAUGCAUAUCUUAUAUUUCCGCAAAUUAAAAGGUACAUAAAAAUAUUGUUCUGAAUUCUUUCUGGCUGGCAAAACACUUGAAAUCUUUAAUCUGGCACUUCAACAAUAUAGUUUGCUCACUUCUAGUGUAGAUACUGAAAGAGUCAUAAGAAGAAAAGAUCACUGGGGUCCACCAAUUAGAGAGCGUUGAGUUGCUUACCCUGGCUUGAUAGGCAACAUUGUUGAAACCUGAAUACUUUACUGAAUCUAAUGCUGAGGUGUGAGAAGUUACUUUCACAGUCUUUGAUUGUGUGGUUCUUAGAUAUCUGGAUGGCACUGGAUAAACUCACCCUUCUCCAUAUCUAUUCUAAUGGGCAGGAAAGAAGAGAAAACUAGGCGAUCAUGUUGAUCGCUGCCUCUAGAAAACUGCAGAAGUCUGUAAAGUGAAAUGUGCAGUUUACUUCAGGAAUUGAAAAACUGAAAAAUAUUAGAAGCAAGUGAAUUUUAAGGGCACAAUCUUAUUUUUUUUAUAGAUUUUAGCACUUCUUAGAGUGUUUUCAUUUUUUAUUUAAUUGUUUGUGUGGGGGUGAGACCAAGUUCACUUGGUAUGCCAGUCCCUAGUGGCCUUAUUGUGACAUCCUUGGAUGAUAGAAGAGUGUGGAGCAGUCAGUGGAAUGAGAAUUGGCAGGGAAACUGAAGCACUUGGAGAGAACCUGCACCAGUGCAUUAUCUGCCACAAAAUCCAUGUGACCUGACCUGGCAUCAAACCUUGGCUGCUGCUGUGGGAAGGCGGCAACUAACUGCUUGAGCUAUGAUAAUAAGAGUACAAUACUUUUGUUAAUCUAUAUAGAGAAUGUUCAGUUUUAUAUUUAAUCUACUGAUGUAUCGUAUUUAAUGGGAUUUAUGAACUCCUGUGAGAAAGGCAAGUAUUUAUGUGAGAUUUGAGGUUUUCAUAAUGGUGAUUACAAAGUGACUGUAAUCUGAAACAUGACACUGUGUAGUCUCAUAAAAGUUUACCUGUGUUUUGGAGGAACGCCUCUUUGAUCUUUAACACUGAGGCAAAAUUUUUCUCUGAAACACAGGUAAACUUUUAUCAUAUCACACAAUGUCAUAUUGCAGCAGAUCGUGUCGGGUGGGGGGCUAUCGAACGAGCAUUGACCCAGUAGUGUUGGGGCUAAGCUACCGACCGUUAUUAUAUAUUAUUAUAUUAUAUAAUUAUUUCAGGUAUCAGUAAUGUUAGGGAUUAAGCACUUUCUUUUGUAGGAAAUGCUGUUUUCAAAUUUGGGAGGAUAAAUUAAUGCGACUUUGUUAUGGAUACCACAAAAAUUUUUCCUGGAGGGGGGAAGUCAAAUAAUUUGCUUGCAGGGUUACAUUUAAGAAUUGUUUUUACUGAUUGCCCUAGGGUAUUUUUGAUAGAAGAAUAUUUGUUUAAAUAAUUCUAAUUUAACAUAUUAAUAUUUGCUUUAUUUCCUUCUUGUUUCAGUUUUAAGUUUCUCAAAAUUCGAGAGUGGGAGGGGGAAGCUUUCUGGCUUGCCCCCUCCCAGUGCUGGUGCCCCUUAGCUUCUUCUGUGGCUCUAGUAUAGAGCUAUCAAAGUUUCAUCACAUCUUGUGUAUGAAACAAUGAAUGUCUUAUGUUAAGAUUGCGGUCUGCUCAUCCAUCAACAUACAGAUUCAUGUCCAAAGUGACAUAAAUGCUGCAUGACAGUGCUACACAAUAUUCUUUUUAAGGUCAUACUGCUGCAUUAGAAUGUUUACUUUGCAUAAUUUAAGUUUGUCUUAUGUAUCAUUCAGUAUUCACCAUUAGAAAGUUGUUUCAAGUAAAGAUUAUGUAGUUUAAUAAGCAAUGUCAUGAUUAUGUUUUUGGACUGUAAGUCAUUUUUGAGAAAUCCGAUAAAAUUCAAUUUGUGUAUGUAAACACCCAUGGAAGUUGUAAGAAUUUUUUUAUCCUGCUUCUGUUGUUCCACUUCAAGCACUGAUGUUGGCUGCAGUGAAUCAUGUCAUAGCUUUGUCAAAUUACAAUAAAUAUUAUUAUAGAAUGAAUAUACGCAUUCGCCAACUGAA